AUGGAAGACUUAGCUCGUUUGCUGGGUUUUUCGAGAGCAGUUUGUGUUGGUGCUUCGGGCACAGCUGGUGGCUCAUGUCUUUUGUGGAAUUCCAACAUUGAUCUGGUAGUUAACUACUAUGAAGAUGGUUUUUUUGAUGCAACAGUUUGGGAUUACCAAACUCAAUUGCAUUGGAAGUUCUAUGCGGUGUAUGGAAAGCCGUAUGCGUGUGAUAAAGAGAAUUUUUGGAAGAGUAUGGAAGCUGAAUUCAACCAUUGUCAGUUGCCAUGGGCUCUUGUUGGUGAUUUGAACUGCAUUCGUAGUCAGGAGGAGAAGUUAGGGGGUCGUAAAGUCUCGUAUGCUGAUACGAAAUUGCUGAGGAAUUUCAUGAACAACACAGGUGGUAUUGAUGUGCAGUUCAUUGGCUCUAAAUUCACUUGGCAAAAUAAACGUUUCAAGGGAGAUCUCAUCAGGGAACGGCUUGACAGAGCCAUUUGCUCCCCGGAUUGGUUGUUGAAUUAUAGUGCCGCGGGUACCCAGAAUAUGCCAGUUACUUUAUCUGACCAUGGUCCCAUUAUCCUUGACACUCAUCUUUUUGCUUCAAGAGGCUACAUUCCAUUCCGUUUCUUCGAAGCUUGGUCCUGGGAAGCAUCGUGCAAGAAUGAAAUCAUCAAUGCUUGGUCUAGUUCGGGCAUUACUGAUACUGCUACUAUUGCUUUCACCCGUAAUAUUUGUUGGGCCCUCCAAGCUUGGAGGAAGAAGCACCAGGGAGCAAAUGAAAAUGAGAUUAAAGAGUUGGAAAAGAAGCUAGAGUGGAUUCAAAACCAACCUAUCAGCGAUGCUCUAAAAGAUGAGGAACUUAAAACUCAAUCUCUUCUUUCGGUUGCUUGGGCUAAAAGUGAGAGUAUGUGGAGGCAGAAGUCAAGAGAAAUUUGGCUAUCUCUGGGGGACAGGAAUACCAAAUUCUUUCAUGCAGCCACUGUUUUGAGAAAACGAAGGAAUAGUAUUUGGGCAGUUAAAGAUAAAGAGGGAAAUAUUUGGAGGGAGAAAAAACAAAUAGCAAGCACCAUCAACUCGCACUUUCUAGAUCUGUAUUCCUCUAUGCAGCCGUGUACUCCAGAAGGUCUGGAGGAUUUGUUCGACCACAAAAUUUCAUCUUCAGCCAAUGAUGAUCUCUCCAAAGUCCCUUCAAAUGAGGAAAUCAGGGAAGCAGUGUUUUGUUUACAUCCUCUAAAGGCCCCGGGGCCGGACAGUUUCUCGGGAUGUUUUUAUCGUAAGUACUGGGAUGUGGUAGGCUUGAAUUUAUGUGCAACUGUUAAAGAGUUUUUCUCAAGUGGAGUGAUGGACUCAAAGCUCAAUAGUUCAUUCAUCUGUCUCAUCCCCAAGGUGGAAUUCCCUUUGAGUAUGGAUCAGUUUAGACCAAUAAGUCUUUGUAAUUUUACUUAUAAGAUAAUUGCAAAGAUAUUAUCAAAUAGACUGAGACCGCUCAUGAACGAUCUGGUGUCCCCAUUCCAGUCUGCGUUCAUUCCUGGGAGGUGGAUUGCUGAAUCCUCAAUCUUAACUCAAGAAAUCAUCCACAAGAUACGUCACAAAAAAGGCUUUGGGGGUCUUAUGGCCUUGAAGCUAGAUAUGCACAAAGCUUACGAUAAAAUGGAAUGGAGUUUCCUUGGCAAGGUCCUUAGUGCUAAUGGUUUCAGCGACAAGUCUCGUAAGCUUGUAAUGUCAUGUGUGUCCAGUGUAUCUUAUUCGGUCCUUUUGAAUGGGUGCCCUCUAAAAAAGUUCAUGCCACAACGAGGCCUUCGACAAGGUGACCCACUUUCUCCCUUCCUGUUUUUACUUUGUCAAGAGGUGUUAUUGAAGCUAAUUCUUAAGGCUGAGGCUCAAGGUUUAAUCCAUGGCAUUAAGAUUGGCCGUUCUACUCCCCAAGUGUCGCAUCUCAUGUUUGUUGAUGACACUAUUCUUUUUGCCCGUGCAAAUGAGAGAGACGCCAAAACACUAAUCGACUGCCUAACAACGUACGAGAAGUGGUCAGGUCAAUCUUGCAGUAAACACAAGUCAAGCGUCUUCUUCUCAAGAAAAAAAGAUGAAUAUGUAAGGCUUAAGGAGAGUAUGCUAAAGAGGUUAGAAGGGUGGAAGAUGAAACUCCUAUCCUAUGCUGGCCGCCUAACCUUAAUUAAAUCCGUAGCCUCAGCUAUCCCAAUCUAUGCCAUGUCUACUAACAAGAUCCCCAUCUCCAGCUGCCAUGAGCUUGAUUCUUUAAUGAGGAAAUUUUGGUGGUUGGGGAAUGUGGAAAAGAGUAGAUUUCUAGCUCUCAAAGCUUGGGAUCAAAUUUGUCAACCAAAAAUGUCAGGUGGAUUGGGACUUCGGAAGUGUACAGAAAUGAACAAAGUCCUCUUGUCAAAGUUAGCUUGGAGCCUUGCAACAAAGGAAGAUAGACCUUGGGUCUCUUGUUUAUUGAAUAAAUAUUGCAGGUUCGAGAGCUUUUGGUGUGUUAAUCAAAAAAGUAGUGAUUCUAGUCAAUGGAAGUGCAUCUUGGAAGCUAGGGACACGAUUCUUAAAGGCUCAAUGAGCGUUGCUGCUUCAGGAGAGAGUAUCAACUUUUGGCGACAACCAUGGAUUCCAUGGUUAGAGUAUCAAGAAUUCAUGGAGUUAAUGAACAGCUUAAGAAAUAGAGGAUACACGGUCCAAACUUUGGCAGAUGUAUCGUCGAACCAUUGCUGGAAUGAGGAGCUGAUUCUUCAGAUUUUUGGUAAUGAAUUGGGCAGUCAGAUUCUCAAUAUUCCAAGAAUCCCAAGCCCGUAUGAAGAUCAAGUGUUUUGGAAGGGAAAUCAGAAGGGAUCGUUCUCAGUUAAAGGAGCGUAUAGUGUGGAUAACUCUUGGAGAUUUGCACCAGUGAGGGAGAUAUGGAAAUGGAUUUGGAAAGCUAGAAUUCACCCAAGAAUUUCAGUUAUGUUGUGGAGAGUUCUAAAUGAGGCUAUCCCUACAAAAAAUAGGCUACAUUUUAUCAAUGAUAAAAGCUGUGGUCUGUGUGGAGAAGAAGAGGAGGAUACCUUACAUGUGUUUUGCAAGUGUAGGUUCUCCAAGGCCAUCUGCAAAGGAACAAUUUGUGCAUUAAGAACACUCCCCCAAAUCCUAUCACUGCUUUUGAUUAAAAGUGAAUCAAAUCUGAGGGAGUUCCAAUUCUUGAAUCGCUCUAAUGGGGGGUCGACUGGAGACACAUAUACCCCUGCUGUUAGUCUUGAGUUGAUAGGUAUCAACACUCCUAGCAAUCGAGUUUGCCAUGCUUUUUUUACUGAUGCUUCUUGGGUAAGGAGAAGCACGGGAGUGGCUGCAAUUGCAGUAGAUUAUACUACUGGUGCCUGGUUCGUCAAAGCCCUCAAAUGUGAAACGGCUUCAGCUCUAGAAGCCGAGUUCAAGGCAAUUCACCUUGCUUUAACUUGGGCAAUGGAGCUGGGAUGGCAUGAAGUGCUAGUACUUUCAGAUGCAAAAGUUGCAGUCCAAUCUUUAAUUACAAGAUCAAGAUCUCCUGAUUGGAAGGCGUCGAAUAUUUUCUUUUCUAUUGUUAAUGUUUUGAAAACUCUGUCAGUUGUUCGUUUUUCUUUUAUCAAUCGUAGUCUUAAUGCUUUAGCGGAUGGCAUUGCUAAAAAUGCUAGAGUUGCUAGCGAUUUAGCUAUUUUGUAUCAAGGGGAGGCUUUAAGCGUUCCAAGAAACUCUGCCAUGUUGACGCUAAAUGGAACCAACCACAAGCAGUGGGUUGAAUCCCUCAUGCUAAAUUUGACUUUUAUGAAAGUGGACUUGGCCUUGAGAAUGGAUGCACCGCCUGAACCCGCUGAUGAUGCCACUGAAAAGGACAAGAAGUCCUAUGAGGAUUGGGAGCAUUCCAAUCAUUUAUUCCUCAAACUGAAAAAUGCAAAAGAUUUUCUUGUUGUUAUUAAGGAAAAGUAUAAGAAGUUCUCAAAGAAUGAGAAAAAUGAGUGCUUAACUUUGUUCCAUUGCACUAAUUACGCUGAUACGGGUGACAUUAGAGCUCACAUCGACAAGCUCAUGGGUUGUUACCAAAAGCUCAAGGGCAUGGGAUUAGAUCUUGGUGAGGAUUACAUGGUGUGGUUUGUGAUGGAAACCAUUCAUUCUCAAUUUGAUUCGAUCAGAUCAAGCUACAAUGCUCAAAAGGAGCAGUGGACCAUUAAGGAGAUGGCUGCUAUUCUUGCCAAAGAAGAAGAGGACAUGAAAAAGGGGAGAGCAAGAAGUAUCUCCAUGGUGACCAAUCCAAACAAUUCUCACAAGAGAAAGUUCACUCCCAACAACUCUAGUGACCAAAGGUUUCAUAAGAAGAAAGCCACCAAUCCUAAGGGAAAUGGACAAGCUAGCUCUUCUUCAACUGGUCAUAAGAAUGAGUUUGUCAAUGCUUCGGGCAUAAGAAAGCUGAUUGCCGAAAGCUCAAAGCUCAUUUAG